AUGACUAAAAGGGUCGCUAUAGUUGGUGCUGGAUGCAGUGGACUAACAGCCAUCAAGAGCUGUCUGGAGGAAGGUCUGGAACCAACCUGCUUUGAGAAGAGCAAUGACAUCGGUGGACUAUGGAGAUUUACGGAGGCUGUUGAAGAAGGGCGAGCCAGUAUAUACAGCUCUGUGGUCACAAACACCUCCAAAGAAAUGAUGUGUUUCAGUGAUUUCCCUAUGCCAAAAGACUUUCCCGUAUAUUUACAUCACUCAAAGGUCUUAGAAUAUCUCCAUCUUUAUGCAAAACAGUUCAAGCUCUUGAAAUACAUUGAGUUCAAUACGAAAGUCUGCAGUGUGAGUAGACGUUCGGAUUUUUCCUCUACGGGACAAUGGGAUAUCGUAACCGAGAAGCACGGAAAGAAGAAAUUGACUGUGUUUGAUGCUGUAAUAAUUUGCAAUGGCCAUUAUACGGACACUUUUUUACCUCUCGAUUGUUUUCCAGGCAUAGAACUUUUCAAAGGCCGAUAUAUUCACAGCCGGUUUUAUAAAACACCAGAGGAUUAUCGAGGAAAAACUGUCUUGGUAUUGGGAACCGGGAACUCAGCUGGAGAUAUAGCCGUGGAACUCAGCCUCACAGCUAAACAGGUCUUUCUAAGCAGUAGACAUGGAUCCUGGGUAGUUAGUCGCAUAUCACAUGGCGGACUCCCUGUAGAUAUGGCUUUCUCAAGACGUUGCAACAUAUGGAUCAAGAAUUUGCUCCCUUUUGGACUUGCUGCCAGAUUGAACGAGAAGUUGAUGGGCAGUUGGUUUAAUCAUGCAAACUAUGGCUUAGAACCUAAAAACAGGUUAAAACACCCAAUUGUGAAUGACUGGCUGCCCAGCCAAAUCCUACAAGGAGCUAUAAAAGUAAAACCUAGCAUUAAGGCAUUUACUGAAACAUCUGCUAUAUUUGAAGAUGGGACUGUGGCUGAAAAUUUGGAUGAGGUUAUUUUUGCUACUGGGUACAGCUCGUCUUUCCCCUUUCUCGACAGCAGCAUUAUUGAGUUAAAUGACAACCAUGUCACUAUGUAUAAAUAUAUCUUCCCCAUCCACAUUGAGAAGCCAACACUUGCUUUCUUGGGACUUGUUCAACCACUUGGAUCAAUUAUGCCAACAGUAGAACUUCAAGCACGAUGGGCAACCAGAGUAUUUAGAGGUGCGGCUAAGCUUCCUCCAAUGAAAAAGAUGCAAGCCUACUGUAUUAAAAAAAAGCAAGAAAGCAACAAAUGGUUUGGCUUUGGAAGAACCCAAGCUCUUCAGACACAUUAUAUUGAUUACAUUAAUGAAGUUUCCAUGGAGAUUGGAAUCAGCCCCAACAUGAUUUAUCUGUUUCUCACGGACCCGAAACUGGCCUGGCAAGUCUUUUUUGGUCCUUGCACCCCUUAUCAGUACCGAUUAACCGGACCAGGGAAGUGGCAUGGUGCAAGGGAAGCCAUUAUGACACAAUGGGACAGAACAGUAAGCCCAACAAGGACCCGCAUUGUGCAUAAGAAUCCUAGCUCUGAUUCUAAUUUGGUUGGACUAUUGACUGUUAGUGCUAUACUAACUGCCAUUUACUUUGGUUAUUUAUGCAUAUCAUGAUAUUUCAGUGGUAUUGAAUAUGAUUGUAACAGGAUUGAGUUAUUUACUCUUCACAAAUUACCUACAAAGGCCUUAACUAUGCAUUCUUCAUUGGUUGGGUGCAUGGGACACUGCAAUUUCCAUUUAAAUUGAGGCGACUUGAUGGGUUCUUAUCUGCCAAAACAUGUUUUUAUGUUAACCUCCUAUUCCAUGGGCAUAUUACUUAAUCAUACAUAUCAAUCAAUAAUCUAUAAUGCUAUUCCAAAUACCUUAUGUCUUAUAUUGCUUUUUAUAAUUUAGUUUUAAUCAUUUACAUACUUUUCCUCCAUAACAAAUAUUAGAUUGUUAUAGUGGACAAUUACUAAAAAGGGUUCUGUUUUUUUGGUUGUUUUACAUUGAAACACUUAAUAAAGAAAACGUCCAUAAAGGAAACAA